AGAAGCUACAGCGCGCGGCUCGGGUGUUUUGUGAAAUCCAUCCAUGGGGAAUUGCUGCUCUUGUGUAAAAAGUGAGGCGAAUACCAGAUCAUCUGUUGCUCCUGGAAAUUAUUCUCUUUCAUCAAGUAAACUCGACGAUUCUGAACCAUACCAGCCCUCACGAUCUGAGGAGCUAGAGGACUCCAACUUGGUCAUCAGCUCUGAAACAUUCGUGAAUGGAAGUGGGUUGGACAGUAGAGACACCAAAGGGGAGAUGCGCAGGCCCUUUUAUGUGCUCAUUCCACCAUUGGUUGGAAGAGGCAGUAAUAGUUCAGGUGAUAUCAAGAAAACAAACAACAAUACCAUUAAUGGUGCACUAAGCACCAGUGGAAUGGGUAAUGGAACCAGCACCGUAGAAGUGUUAGAAAACAAUUUGGUUACCUUCUACGAAAACUAUUGUGGAAGCAUAGAAGAAAGGCAUGAAGAUGCCAUAACUGCCGAUGGUAUACUACAUCUAUGUGCUGAUUUGGACCUGGCAGUUGACGAUUUUCGUAUUCUGCUCUUCGCUUGGAAGUGCGACGCAGCUCAAAUGGGCAAGCUUAGCAAGAAUGAAUUCUUACAGGGGUGUCGUUUGUUAGGAACGGAUUCGGUUCGUAGCCUCAAGUUCAGUUUAGAACAGUUAGUAAAAGAAGUGGAGGACAGCGAAAUUUUCAGUGACGUGUAUCGUUACGCUUUUCGCUUUGCUCUGGAUGUAGAAUGUGGCCAACGCUCGUUGCCCGUUGAUGUAGCCGUUUCUCUUUGGCGACUUGUUUUUACUCACCGACCUGUCCUACUCCUUGAUCGUUGGAUCGAAUUUCUCGAACAGACUCCUCAACCUGUUCGAGCUAUACCCAGAGAUACAUGGUGCAUGUUUCUUCAUUUGGUGGAUGCGGUUGGGAAUGAUCUUUCCCGCUACGACGAUACAGAAGCUUGGCCUAGCCUUUUCGACGAUUUUGUUGAGUGGGCCAAUGAUCGAGCCAACCAAAAUGUGCUGCACGCAAAGGAAGAUUUACACUGAUGGUGAUCGUCAGUUUCUUCCGUUAUUCAUUUCGUUUCCCCGUAUUAGUUUUUUUUUCUUUCCUUAUCUCGAAACAUUUAAUUGAUGCAUUAACUGUAUUCUUUUUAUGGACUGAUAAUUGCUGAAUGGAUGAAGUUAUAUUUGUGUCGAUUUCGUCUGUCUUGAAUCUUCGUCCGCCCCUGACUCUCAUUUACUAUGAAAACAAUAUCUGCUGUGAUUACUUGACGAUUUGUUUUGCCGUACAGAGUACUGACCUGCCAAUGUCCCCUUUUUUUACGGUCCUUCAUUUGUGUGUCGUUGAAAUAUCGCGUCUUUCGCAAAAUCACCUCGUAUAUCCUCCACCUGCUCAUGGGGUAGUUGAAGGACGAUUGUGCAUGAUAUGUAACUAAAUGAUCGAUCAUGGUCACCAUUCAAAAAGAAAGGUGUUAAGUAUACCCAUCCACUUUCCGGAAUGUAACUUACUGUAAGGCUGUUUGUGCGUUUCUGUAUAAUCCGUAUUUUCAUGUGACCGUUGACUGCUUUCGAUUCUCCGUUAAUGUGCUAUUUUCUUAGACCACUGUGGAUGAGAACAUCAAUACAGAUGUGAAGUAUGA